AUGGCUCUACUUCCUGAUAUUGCCCCACCUGAUCGAAAGGUGCCAUUUUAUGAAAGAAUAGUUUAUACUGGUGUGGCUCUUUUAGCCUACAUGGUCAUGUCUCAAUUACCUCUUUAUGGAAUCAAAUCAUCAGAUUCAUCUGAUCCUCUCUAUUGGUUACGUACUGUCUUGGCUUCUAACCGAGGUACUCUCACCGAACUUGGUGUUCUCCCUAUUCUUACUUCUGGUAUGAUCAUGCAAUUCUUGGCUGCUGCCAAUUUCUUCCGUGUUGACUUCAGUUUGAGACAAGACCGCGCCUUGUUUUCUGGUGCUCAAAAGUUGUUUGCUAUCUUGAUUGCUGCCUCACAGGCCGUUCUUCUUGUCCUUGCUGGCCACUAUGGAAACCCCAGUGAUAUUGGAACUGUCGGAAGCGCUCUUUUAGUUUUACAACUUGUUUCUUCUUCUGUCGUCAUCUUACUCUUGGAUGAAUUGCUUCAAAAGGGUUAUGGCUUGGGUUCUGGUAUCAACAUCUUUAUUGCUGCUAGUGUCAGUCAAAAUGUAUUUUGGAAGCUCUUGUCAUUCUCUUCUGUUGCAACUUAUCGUGGUAGUGAGUAUGAAGGUGCCAUUGUUUCCGUAUUCCAUCUCUUGGGAUCUCGUAGCAGCAAGACUCGUGCACUCAAGGAUGCCUUUUAUCGCCCUGAUCUUCCUAACGCUAUGAGCGCUAUUGCUACCAUCGCGAUGUUUGCAUUCACUACCUAUCUCUUAGGUUUCCGUGUUGAAUUGUCCGUCAAGUCCAACCGUAUGCGUAGCCAGCGUGCAAGUUAUCCUAUCAGACUCUUCUAUACAUCUGCCAUGCCAGUCAUCCUCCAGUCUGCCUUAUAUGCCAAUGUGUUACUUGUCUCUUACUUACUUUACACUUAUUUUGAAAACAACUUGCUUGUUCAUGUUCUUGGUGUCUGGGGAACCUUUGACGACAGUGGCCUUCUUGCUCCUGUGGGUGGUAUUGCAUACUAUCUUUCUGCUCCUCAUGGCUUGAUCGAUGCUGUCUUCCACCCUAUUCAUACCCUGAUCUAUGCUGCACUCACGAUCAUCACCUGUGCCUAUCUGUCAAAGCUGUGGACUGACAUUUCUGGCUGUUCUUCUCGCGAUGUAGCUAAAAAACUCAAAGAUCAACAAGUUACCAUUGCCGGCUACCGUGACAUCUCGAUGUAUAAGGAACUCAAUCGUGUCAUCCUUCCUGCUGCCUCUGUUGGUGGUGCCACAUUAGCCCUCAUGUCUGCCACAGCCGAUAUUCUUGGAUGUAUUGGUACUGGUUCAGGCAUCCUAAUCAGUGUUUUAGUUAUUUUCGAAUUCUUUGAAAUGUUUGCUAGAGAGCAAAUGGAAGGCAAUUUGUCUAUGGACAAUAUGAUGUCUGCUCAAUAG